AUAACAAAUGUCAACCAGUUGCCAUUUCCGUUACGCUGUUCGUCAAACAGUCUAUGAUCAUAAGAAAUUCGGUAGCAGUGCGUGUUUUGAAUAUAUUGUUAUACUUGGUGUGGACAUCAGCAGUAACACAUUAUGGCACGUAACAGUGAAAAGGCCAUGACAACGUUGGCUCGUUGGAGAGCAGCUCAUUUAGAUAAUGUUAAAGAAAAGGAAAGACGUCCAUAUCUUGCAACUGAUUGUGAGGAUUUGCACCAAUGUGAGAAGUGGAGACGACAGAUUAUUGGUGAAGUAUCUCGCAAGGUGGCCCAGAUUCAAAAUGCUGGACUUGGAGAGUUUCGACUUCGAGAUCUCAACGAUGAAAUCAACAAGUUGCUUCGAGAAAAGGGUCACUGGGAGGACAGAAUCAUUGAGCUUGGUGGUACAGAUUACAAGAAAGUGGGACCCAAAUUGCUGGACCAUGAAGGGAAAGAAGUGCCAGGAAACAGAGGAUACAAAUAUUUUGGUGCAGCUAAGGAUUUGCCAGGAGUCAGAGAAUUAUUUGAACAAGAACCACCUCCUCAGGUGAGAAAGUCGAGGGCGGAACUAAUGAAAGAAAUAGAUGCUGAUUACUAUGGUUACCGAGAUGAGGAUGAUGGUCUUAUAGUUCCUCAUGAAGUGGAGGCAGAAAAGCAAGCAAUAUCCACACUGGUUUCCCAGUGGAAAGAACACCAGAAGAAGGUUGUGCGUGGUGAGGUAACCGAAGAUGAAGACAUGGAAACAGAUGAUGUUUUAUACCAAUCAGAAGAGGAUGAAGACAUUGGAGAGGAAAAGAAAGCGGAAAAAGAAACAGAGCAACAUUUUAUUGCCCACGUACCCGUUCCAUCUCAAAAAGAGAUUGAAGCAGCACUGGUGCACAGAAAGAAGAUGGAACUGUUACAGAUGUACGCUAGCGAAAGUUUGCAGGAAGAGGAGGAAGGAGUCCGACAGAUGCUGGGAGUGUGACGGGGAUGAAAACAGGAACACUUUCACUGACUGUGAUACCAUGACACGCAGACACUCAAAUGAAAUACAGGCAUUACAUUUGGAUUCACUGACAUUUAAUGUCAAUUGGGAGAAAAAAAUGCCUUGAGGGACAUCUAAAAUCUCAUCUGUAGGCCAUGGAAUGAUGUCUGUCCCACUCUGAGAAAAUGUUAUUCAGAAACAGAUCUAGAACUUGACUGAUGUGGGUGGGGAAAGAGCUAGCUUCUUUUGGUUUUGACUGAAAUGCAAUAUUCUUGAGUAUUGUGGAAAGGUAGCUUUCCAUACAAAACAAGCAAUCACGUGCCAUCCCAUGCACCCCCCACACACACACCCCCAAAACAGUGCCUAUUGUAUUGUAGUAUUGUACAGCUGAUACUUGGUAAGUAUAGUUUGAAGGGCAUGUAGAUGAAUGUCUUAUACAAGAAAUAAUUACCAAUGAAAAGACAUCUACACAUAUAUGUAGAAGGAGCUGACUUCUUAAAACAGAGUUUUUCAAACCACAAAGGUGUGCAGAAGCCAUCCAAGCACUGAAUUGAUGACUGUUGUACUAAGCUUGGAUACUUCCAGUGCUGGCCCAUGAAAAAACAUCUCUGUAGCUGUUAAAGUACAUCAAGAUGUAUGACUUGUAUAACAACAAGAAGUAGGAGUAUACAGGAAAUAUUUUGUUUUCAAAAUCUUGAUUAGCAAUAUUUCUAGUCAACUGAAAAUGGAUUAUUAUCAACUACUGUUUAAUGUUUUAAAAUUGUGUAGUGAUCUGUAAAACUUGCGUAGCGAAUCGUGACACAAUACUGAAGAAAAUGUUCCAUGAUGUACCAAGAAAAGUAGUCUACACAUCUCCUGAAUUGUUACAGUAUCAGGUAAUCAGAGUUACUGGAGGUUCAAGUGCAUUUUAUGCAAUAAAAUAAUAUGUUCAAUGAAAGGAUUAACAUGGCAUUUGGCAGUCAGUGUGCUUAACUUCUCAACUGCCGGGAUAUGCACAUAAAUUAUCAUUUCACCAGUUUAUCAGUCAUGUUAAAUGCCAUUUUUAAAACUGAUCUUGUAUAUUUGAUACAUUUUCCUAACUAAUGUAUGUCAUUUGGUGUUUGUUUUCACAUUUGUGGUUCAUAGUACAUUGGAAUUAAAAUGUGAAAUGUAUGUUCAUAACCAUUCUUUAAAAGAUGUAGGCAUUCAUUCAUCAGUCAUAUUGUAAUUAUUUCAAGUAUCUACCUGGCAUCAUGAAUUUUUUGUAUCAGAAUAUUUUCCUAUAUAAUAUCAUUAUCACACAGUGUAAAUAAAACAUGUAUAUAUCAA